UUAACAGCGAGACAAAAAAAGCUAGCUUCAACCGGGGAGUUUGAUGUCAUUAGUGUUGAAUUGCAAACCAGUCAUGAAUAUGAUUGCCUUCAAUUUACAGACCACCUUUCGCCUAAUUAUGUUAUGUAAGUAUCAUUCUCAAUUACUCUGCGAUUGUUAUUGGGCGUACGGUCAUGACACCAAUAGCCCACCAAAGAUAACGGGCGAAACGUGUUAGAGAAGACACUUACGAAAAUUUGUCAUGCACUUUUAGUUUUUUUAAAGGAGGAUACAUAUCAAAUUAUUAUCAUUAUUUAACUUUCAUCUUCAUGGUUCUUUAAUCUGAAAAGUACAGGAGGAAAAUUAAUUGGGUGGAGGAAUCUUAUUUCUCCCAGGUUGGCUGCUAAUUACAUCCUUUCACAAUCCUAGACUAUCUUGAUUCCAAUUCAGUCGAAGCAAUAUUCUAUGUUUUCGAAAAUUAAAGCCAAUCGGAUUGCAUUUUACGUAACCAAAGAUUACAUGCAUGGCAUUUAACUGAAGAUAAUAUUACACACCGAAAUUUUUAACGUAAAGACUUGCAGUCUAGCUUUGUGGAAAACAAUUCCUCUGUCGUGAAUGGUUUUACGUAGCAAAGAGAAACCAGUUUCGCAAAGUGUAUUAUACAAGAUAGCUCGUGCUUUAUCAUGAGUGCGACCCUGCGAGGGCUACAGGAGAAGAAGGCCAGUCUACUUUCGCGGAAGAGUCUGCGCAGCGGAUCCUGAUUUGAAAACGUUCCAGAUGAAGAAACAUUCUUACUAUAGAUACAGGGUGCAAGUUUCAGCUAAACGUUUCAGGGUCAUGCUGCAGGAGUAUAAGUUUAAUUACUGUGUAUUGAAAUGAACUAAUAGCGAAUUUUCAAAAGAUUCAGGUUUUUUAGACGGGUUCCUAGCUAAGACCGGUAGCUAUUAGUGCUGAAAAACACCUUACAUAGCUGGGAAAAUUAAUUUGAAAAAAAUACCUAUUGUCAUGAGGCAUGAAAGUUUAAGUAUUGAAAAACGUCCACUUACUUCGUGACAGGAUGAUUUAUAUUACACUUGCAUUUACCUAACGUGAUACAAUGCCUUCUAUAAAAUGAACAGUUUCGUAUUCAGUUUCAGCGUUUGUCAAAGCCCACGGAUUAGCUUUUGAUUCUGAGCCAAACAACACAACGAUAGCAGCGACAGGAUCAAACCAAACAUUCACCUGGAAGCUGUCCCUCGGAGAGAAAGAUAAGUCAAAGCAGUUACAAGUUCAGUUUGGUCCUUGGGAUCGGAGAUACAAAAUAGUGAAGUCAUUUUUCAUGACUGUUAAACAAGAACCAUCUGGAGAAAAUGAAACUGUGGCUAGAGCAAAUCAAUCGACUGCGAGGCGUUUGCAUUGGAACGGAGACUUGUCUCGUGACUACUAUAUCGCUUUUGAACUUGUCAAUAUUCAGCGCAAAGAUGCUGGAGAUUAUGGAAUGAGGCUCCGUGUUGACCAUUUCCCUCCCACCAUCUUACAGAACUGGUUCUCUCUUAUUGUUCAAGUAAGUUUUUUCAGACAGACAAUGGAAAGAUUCCCCCACCUUGUCUGCCGUCCUAUAAUCAAUUUUGCGAUUGCUUUUUUGUGGAAUUUUGCUAUUGAAACUGGACAUCAUUUAUAGGGUUUCCGAUUUUGCACCGAUGAUCUCCCGGUUAUCCUUGACCAUAUGGGUCAUCAAAGAUGGCGAGUUUGUCUUUAUACAUGACGUGAUGUCGUGACAUAUAUGUCGCCAUAAGUACCAAAUACACAAAUAUCAACCCGUGUAAAGAUUUGUAUUCAUUAUUUGUUAACUUUCGAUCCUAUAUGAAACUGUUGAAUGACGCGAGGUACAUGGAUGACUAAGCUGGACUUAUUUACGAUUAAAGAGCGAGGUUGAAGUACACCUUCGUAAGCUAUCCUUAUAUUGUCAAGCACAUAGGCGUACGGGCCGGGGGGGGGGGGCUGCAGCCCCCCCAAAUUUUGGGCAACUCAGUUUUUUUGGGCAGCAAGAGAAAAUUUGGGCAAAGCCAGUUUUUAAAGACGUCUCCAUGGUUAUUUGAUUAUUUUGAAGACCUGAAUAUUAACCUGAUCGAAGUCGGCGUAAUAAUCCAGUUACAUUCACACGAGACAAUGGUUACCUAGCAUGUGAUAAGUAAUUUAUAUACUUGUAGUUUUUUAUUGUUGGGAACUGUACUGCACUGCACUAGCUGGAAUGGGUUAUUUCCAGUUGUGAAUUGAUUAUAAUAAACUUUCACGUAAUAUAUCAAACAUGAGAUGCAGUGUUUCAUCACCAGAUGAAACACCGAGAAGAGAGUUGAAAAUACGACGCGCAGCGGAGUAUUUUUGACGAACUUCGAGGUGUUUCAUCUGUUGUGAAUUGAAACAAAAUCAUUUUUGAAGGAAUAAAUGCAAAUAUGAGCAUGUUUUUCAUCAGAUAUCAAACACUCUCCAUUAAUUUCCUCUGAAUUUUCUUUAUGAAUUAUUAAUGAGUUUGAGAAAUAACUUUCUAGAGUCAUCUCCACUCGAAGAACAGUGUAUGGCAGAUUGCAUUAGUUGGUCUGAAAAUGAAGAAGUGCCCUGACUAAUUUUCAGUUUGAAUUACGAGAAGAAUCUGAAGGCCCGGUUCAGAGGCCGCUCCACUCAUGUGCCGAACCUAACUGAUGAAUUAAGUACGGCACAAGAGCGGCGUCUGAAUCAAUUUGGUAUGGCAGUUUUAGUUUGGUGCGGCAAAAGCGUUAAGUUCGACAGAGUCUGUCGAACGUUUGUCGAACUUAACUUAGGUUCGACAGACGGUACGCCGUCUGAAUCAGAUGUCGCGCCAGUGUCGCUCCAAAGUCGAACUUAUUCAGUUAGGUUCGGCACAUGAAAAGUACGGCGUCUGAACCAGGCCUGAAUUCUUUUAAAGAAUCUAUCGUUAGGUUUAAAAUUAUUCGCUAAUUUGGUAAAGUAGACCGAAAUGUUUACAAAACCGCUAACAAAAGCGCCUUGAUAUACGUACUAAUCAAAUCCCUCUUUCUAGCAAUCGGUGCAGAGCUGUCUCCACGGUCUUUCACACAAGUUUUUAAAUAGAUUAAAACUACUAUGAUGUUAAAUUUCAUGUCAAAAGCUCUUCGUUUUCUACAGAUAACGGCCAAACAUCAAGAUUUUCCUUUUCUUACAGUAUUUCUUACGAUAAAAACUUCACCCCAAAAUACCUCGAUAACGCUCUGACUUACAGAUUUUGCUUAAACUUCACGAACAUAGAGGCGACCGUAUUGGAGAAAAAAGCUCCUGUGAACGAUUUUGUAAGGUUUCCCAAUGCCGAGAAUUAUUGCUGAAGUAAAAUAUGUAAUGGCGUCAUUUCGCUGCUAUGACAACUCCGAUGUCAUUGCAACCCUGAUCACGACAAAUUUUCAUCUUAAUACAACUGUGGUGGCAAUUUUUCCAAAUGCUUGUUUAUGGCGACAUAUUUUAUACUCAAACUUGUUAUUGACCCUGAAAACUAACUGUAUCAAGCCAUCUUCAUAUGCCAGUUCGGCCUAUGUUGUUGUAAUACGACCCUCCUCUCUUUCCGACUCUUUCGUAAAAAUUUGGGCAACCUGCGAGGUUUUUUUGGGCAAAUGGUUUACCGCCCCCCCUGGCAAAAAAUUUCCCGUACGCCUAUGGUCAAGUAACAAAGAAAUUUUUGCUUUUAACUUGUCCAUCAGUCAGCAAAGGACAAAACAAGAUUAUGGUUUUUCGUUAAAGUGCUGAAUAUUUUGUAACGAAUUAGACACAUCGUCAUGGACUGAGACCUUUGACGUACUGGCGAAACUGUGAUGGAUAGAUCAAAUCGUUAGUCAUUUUAUAGCUCAUAUUUGAAAGACACUAGACCUAACUACUGUUCCUCUUUUCGUCCUAGGAUCCAGCACCCACGCCGUAUAUUGGUAAGUUUUUAUAACACCUAAUCUAGAAUUGACAUUACGGACUACAUUUACUUGCGUUGUUUUCCGUUGUAAUAUGUCCUGUCAGUAAUUGUGUUUAAAUUACUCUGUCGAUAACAGGUCAUCACAACACAGUCAGUACUCUAAAAUGUUCUUAUGGAUGUACAACUUCUCUCAAGCGGCCUUAUAUAAUUUGGCCCAGCUGCAAUUUAGUCUAUAAGCGCCAUCCCAUAAUAGUGAUAAUAAAUGAAAGUUAGAGGCGCGCCUUAGAUCGAGAACUAUGAGGAAGGACCUGCCUGUGGGCAGAACACACAGUGAUUUUCCGAUUGAUCUUUAACCUACAGAUACUCGACACAUAACUCUGGAUGUCGAUGAAGGGGAUCACGUGAACAUCACUUGUCGUACCACCGUGGAAGCGAGAUCAUCUGUGAUGUGGUUUAAGGACAAAGUUCCCGUUUAUGCAGAACAAAGCAAGUUUUUAUCUAUUACAAAUGUGAGCAGAUUACAGGGAGGGAACUACUCUUGUGUAUCUAUAAACCAGGCUGGAAAUACUACGUCGCCCGUCACAACUAUUAAUGUGCUCUGUGAGUACUGAAACAAACAGUAAGACUAAUAUUUAAAAGCUGGUUCAUUCUUCAGGAGCGUGCAUAUAUCGAGUUUUAAGAUUUACGCCUUAAGUUUGAAGAGAAUAAGUAAGAGAAUCGAAGAAAUGCUAGAGGUGUGCUCGGCUCAGGCUUCCCAUGUAGGUGCAUGCACCCAUGUGUAACUCGAUAUAUACACAGAUAAAGCAUGAACUAAUAGCUAACUACACUGUAUUGCUUUUUUUGCCAAGCUUUUUCUACGGUCGGAAAUUAAACCGUUACAAAAAGGCAAUUUCUAGCCCUAUAGCCUUAUUUUUUAAUUUUUUUUUUCAAUUUAAUCCAUUUUCAUUUUUUUUUACCAAACUAAAAUGCGAUUAUUUAAUACUACGUACUGUUUCACAUUUUUCGAUCAUAAAUCAAAACCAACAUUAGAUGUAGCAUUGUUUCUUGCUGUAAGCUAACUGAUCCUUUUAUAGAUUUGGUAAAGUGUUUACAACGUCUAGAUAUGAAAUAAAACGUCUCAUUUCAUUGCAGAUAAACCAAAAAUUCAUUCUUUGAGGAAGCUGAAACGAAGUCCGAUAACCCUGCUGUGUGAAGCAGAAGGAAAUCCUUCACCGACAUUUUCAUGGCACAAAGACAGUGAAAUUAUACGGGAGGGCUUUAACAGUAGUUGGAAUGCAAGCACUUUGACUGUAAGUCCUGUGAUUGACAAGGAUUCCACACGCUAUGUAUGCACAGCUAAGAAUGAAAUUGGAUGGGACGCUCUUACAUUCCAACUGCAUAAGAAAGGUAAGUAUAGUCAAAAACGAUCUCUCUUGCUGUCCAAUGUAGCGCUGUUGCGACCGAGCUCAAAUCAUCGCUGACAGUAAUAUCAAAUUAUUUCAUUAUUAUUCGAAACAGAAAAACUCAAAUUAAAAGGAAAAGAACUGAUGAAAUGGGACAAAUGCGGGGUUACUUCCAAUAACCUCGACUGCACAAUGACAAAGAUUCUUUAAUCUUCGGUUGACAAGUCUCAAUUUAUAGCUACGCAGGCCGCUUAAAUAUCAAAAGGCGUAUUUCUGGUAAAACAUGAUAAAUAAACGAAAAAAUGAAAAAAAAACAUCGAUUUAGUAUAACUUUUUUCUUUUAAUCAAUAGGUCCAGAAGCUUUGGAAAGUAAAAAGCGUCCAGGUGCUUACAGAUAACUAAUAACAAAUGCAUUUUUGUUUCAUAAAUUUAAAUAGUUCUUAAAAUAAAGGGAUGCAAAGCUCCAGGGGGAGAGGGAGACUUCUUAUAUCGUCCUGGAAUACUCUGCACAAAAGGGGCACUUGUUUUAGACUUCGCAGGUAAUUAUGAAAGGGUAGAGAUUUCACGAGUUAAAGUGUAGGAAUAGUGGGAGGUAAAGCUGUUAUUCGAAAUUUAGAAACGCAUUUGAAUUACAGUAAUUCGAACAUAGUUUAUCUUAUGGUUGUAAAAAUGACAAGACUUUUUUCUAUUCUAUUGAGUUAUUCGUAUCAGCCGUUAAAAGGGGAUGCAAAUUUCUUUUGUUGGUAAGUGAAAGAGGUAACUUUUUUCAAUGAAAGUUCUACGAAAUGUGUUACCUUUUCAGUCGAAAGACAAAUGGGUAAGGGGUCAGAUCUGGGGCGGCGAAGCUUACUCGUAUAUAACAUUGUUGCCCCCACCCACCUCCACCGGGGAAAACAACACUUAAGUAAUGUAAUGCAGUAAGAGAAUUUUGGUGAUUACCAUCUUUUUGCCUAGAAUUCCUCGUUUGGAGGACUGAGAAAAAGAUAGGUUUAUACAUGUAUGUUUGUCAGAGACCAACAAUCGGGUAUAGUGUGUGGAAUGAAAACUGUUUGUUUACAAAUACUACAUCAGCCAUGUAGAAACUGACUUUAUGAAAUAGGUGUCCCUUAGUACAUCUGAUUCCUUCAGUUUACUAGCUUUCCCCUGGUUCAGGGAGUUUAGUAGCGCGUCCUUUUCUAAUCUAAUUUGUUCUCAGAACCUGGUAAAUACAAUGUAAAACAGAUUAUCAAUUAUCUAGCUUCAGCAAAUAUAAUCCAGGUAGAUAAGUACAAAUGGCUAGGUAAUUUCCCGUAUAUCCUUUAUUUUUUUAAAUUAGAUGUCACCCACAGUUCUCUUAUCAAAUACGCAUCUUUAUCCGCCUGUGUGGCCAUAGUAGGUUUGGUAUGUGCCCUUCUCAUUCAGCGACACGUUGGUAAGAGACAUCAAAGAGACACCAAAAGUGAGUAACUAUCACAUAUAACGAUAUCCAAUAUUGAAUUUACUAGAUGCAUUCAACGUGUAAAAGUUGGUUUUCAUAUUAUCACUAAUUCUUUUGUUAUUUUAAUUUCAGACGACCAUGCCGACGAAAUCUUUACGUAUGUUUCAUUUAUACCGAUGUAACUAAGUUUUUAAAAAUAAUUGUUAAUUAUCGCAUAACGUUGUUGUCGACUUUAGUACUAGUCUGCUAAUAACCACGUUGAGUAACGUCUGCGGCGCAGGGCCAAGAUCAUUAUUUUGGGCCCGCAAAGGACUCAACGAAUUUCCAGAAAGUGUUUCGAGUUUUACUUCAACAUGGAUGGCUAUCCAUGGUGCUUACUCAUAUGGGGCCCAGAACAGGGGUUUCAUUGCUGGCUCGUAGACGGGCUUAACCAGAGGUUUAGUUUUGUCAGUGGCAAAGGCUACCUCGGCCUUCACACUUACAUUUUAUAUAGUCGAGGAGCAGAGGCUAGAAAAAAUUCAACGAAGUAGCAACCCUACCACACAAAAGGUUUUACCAAAGUUUCUGAUAGCCAGAUACCCACAGAGUACUUAUUCGACAAUCAGGCCCCAGUUGUUCCACGCACCUGAUAAAUCACUAUCAAAUGGAUAGGUAUUAGGGAAACUGAUUGUGUUGUCCACUGGAAAGAGAUUUGUCCGGUGGAUAGCGUGGUUCAUGUGUUGAACAACUGGGGCCUGAUUGAACAAUGUGGGGUCAGUUACUUGGUAUGCUGUAAUUUUUGCGGGGCGUGGGGGAAUUGUAAAGCAUCCAAUCUCAGCAGUUUCGUAUUCAAUUAUAGGUGCAAAACUUUGAAAAACCACAUCUCAUACCUAUGUAAGCACAUUGAUUAGUAAUUGGCCGACGAUUGUUAAUAAGGGCGCGAAGCGCAGCACCAUGGGCAAGAAAAUAUGGUUAUCUAUGCAUCAAGGAAAUUUUGGUCCUGACAAAAUCGUCCCUACGUACGUCCGUAGCCUUCACAUUCAUGUCGGGAUCUGAAAUGUCAUACUUACUAGCUUAAAGUCCAAGCAGAUAUAAAUUGUUCAACUUGAUAUUGUACACUGGUUACAUUAUGAUCAAAUGACAGGUGCCAAAAUAGGAUUUCCGCUGGCCAAUGUCACAUGACUGUAUCGUGGACUCAGAUGUACAACUCAUUGAGCUGACGUGUUUUUUAAGUUAAUAAUUUUUAAGCAAUUGAUCGCAGGCUCAGAAAACUUUACUUUACUUAACUUUUAAAAGUUCUCACGAGAGCUUCGUUUUUGGCCUUGGCUAAAUCUAAACAUCCCAAAAGAGCUACAAUCUCAAAAAAAUUUUGCGCGUGAGUUAAUUUGCUCCACUGAUUUUCCUCGAGCCUAACCGCUCCGUUGAGACAAACAAAUUUGCUAAUACUAGUGCAGAAGGACCAUUUUUAUUAUCACCGAUCCCAAUGACAACUAUUUGAGCUAUGCGUAUGCAAAUAUAAGGUGAACGCUUGGAAAAUCAUACUCAUGUCUUUGCAGGCACUCGCUUGAUAUCGCUUUGAUAGAGCCGAGUCAUAACGAGGCGAUUUAUUCUGAAAUAAACUUGCCGUUUUCUGGAGAUAGUGAAUGGGAAAUCGCACCUUCAAAUCUGAAAGUAGAAAAGGUGAUUGGACAUGGUGCAUUUGGAGUGGUGUCACGUGGACUGGCAUUUAAUUUACCUGGAAGACCGGGUUGGACAGUUGUGGCAGUGAAAAGCGUUCAAGGUAACAAAUGACUUAACUUGUCUACGAGUUCUUUCAACUCUUUUGUCUGUUCAAAUCUGGAUUUUGGAUCUAGAACCUGACAUAACGCCAUAAGGGUAGACUACUAGCACCAGUUACCAUCUAAAGAAAUUAAAAACAAAAAUCUAGGAAUUUCUGUUGUAUGUAUUUCAUAUCUGUUUUCAGCUUUCAAUAAUAGCAUGAGUAUUUUUUUUCUUUAUACCAAUGCCUUUGAUAAUGUUGCCCCUUUCUUCCCUUUUUCUUUUACAUCUGCAGUUUAAUACUGCAAUGUAAUUUUUUUUACUUGACUGUUUUAUCUUAUUCCUCCCUCACCUCGAUAAGUUUUUAACUACUCUCGGGCGGAGGAUAUAUCUGUCAAGUUUAUCUGGUUUUCAAUAAAAGUUGUUGUUGUUGUUGCUCUUGUUGAAACUUUUGCAUGUGCCUCAACAGAAGGCGCGUCUGAAAAGGAAAGGCGAGACCUGUUAUCAGAGAUGUCACUUCUAAAACAUCUUGAUCCUCAUCCCCACGUCAUUCGCCUUUAUGGCUGUGUCACAACUGAAGGUUAGUACAACACUACAGAAAGCUAAGUUCUAGGUCUUUACAUUGGUCUAAACAAAUAAGCAGAAGUUUGAUCGAGGUUCAAUGCGCUUAUAAAAGUGUACAAAAGUUCUUCAGAUGUGAAUACAGUACUUACCCGCUUAUAAGAACCUAUUUUUUCAGAUUUAGCCUAAACGGGUUCUUAUGUAAAUGGUGUUUAGUGGAAUUUUAGGCUACAGAGGGUCUUAAAUAGGUUCUUAUAUAAUGAGGCAUCUGUAAAUGGUAAAAGGUGGAAUAUAUAUUAAUUUAAACACAGGCAUGACCAAUUUUAGUAGAUACAUUCAGUAUCAAGCUAAAACUAAAAGUUCAUGUAUUAAUAUAUUCCAAUGAAAUAGAUAUGUAUAUAUAUACUUCUGUCCAUGUGCCUGAAUAAAAUGUUUUUUUUUGACAGAAGAAGUUAUAACUGAAACAUUUUCCAUGAAAUAAGAACCUGUUUCAAAUUUUAGGCUAAACAGGUUCUUAUGUAAAUGGGGUCUAAAUUGAGAAUUUUAGGCUAACAGGUUCUUAAAUACAGGUUCUUAUAAGCGGGUAAGUACUGUACUAUGAUGAUCACUAGAGAAACCCACACAUUUUUCAGGGCGAAGAAAGAUUUUUUAGGCCAAUUUAUAGAGCAACUGUAUGUUAUGCCGCGAUAGAGAAAAAAAAACAUUCUGCCUAAAAGUUUACACAUUUCAACUAUUUUGAUUCUAACAUGCGGUUUCCCUAAAGUAAAACUUUAAACUAGCUAUGCGAAAUGAUUCAAUUGAUUCACUUCUACCUUAGAUUUUUAUUUGCUGAUUGCUUGUUUAAAUGAAUUUCAUUAAUUGAUUUCAAAGAACGUCCCCUGGUUGUGGUUGAGUAUGCACAGUUUGGUGACUUGCUUGGUUACCUGAGGAAGAGCCGGGGCAUGCGUGAUAACUACUACAGUGACCCGUCAAUCAAACCUAUCACCAGCCUCACUUCAAAGCAACUAUUGAAGUUCGCAUGGGAGAUAAGUGAUGGAAUGGAGUAUCUGUCCAUGAAAAAGGUAAAACAAACUAGCCCAUACAUAAUUAAUUCCUAAAGGUGUUUUCUCUCAUGCGUGUGAUCUAAGCUAAAAGGUCCACUAAAGAGGAAUUAAACGCCGACCUCAAGAUCACUUUGUCUAACCUAGUGCAAAAUAAAUCAAACCUUUGACCUUUUCAGUUGCUAAAUCAGUUUAGAGCGUAAAAAUUGUUUGUCUCAUCUUUCACUUCUAUGAAUGAAUGAAUGAAGAGUCGUGGAUGAGAGGACAACAGACGUGCCCUCUUUACAAUGCAUUUGUAACAUGUGAACAGUAAGCUCUGACGUCAGCAUCCAAAGGCGCCACUGGCAGCCGCUCUCAGUCCAUUUAUGAGCUUACUGUACCCACCCAACCCAUGAUGUCAAUGAUGAGAUGUGUGAAGGUUGACCACAAUACCGGGGUCUACGUCCCCUACUGUUUUAGAACAGUUUACGUCCCACAAGAACCAUAUAAGUGUAAGUGCUGUGAGACGGGACCUAUGGGUUUUCGUCCUUAUCCGAGAAGACUAGAAAGUCUAACCGUUUACAGAUGUCAUUACAAAGGCAGCACUUUCUUCUCAUUUAUUUAAAGACUCUGAGUGUUGGUCCGGCUGGGGUUCGAACCCGUGACCUCCCGCUCAGCAGACCUGCGCUCUCCCAACUGAGUCAACAGGGCGGCGGUAAUGAUUUCGAUUAUUUGACAGAUAAUCCACCGCGAUUUAGCAGCUAGAAAUGUAUUGGUCGGUGAAGGAGAGGUGUGUAAGAUAACUGACUUUGGUAUGGCCCGGGAUGUGCAGGAAGAAGACAUAUAUGUUAGAACUCAUGAGGUAUGUAAUUAUCUAUCUUUUUGACAGCAAUAUUCCGUGGUAACAACAGAAUCUAAAUCCUUUUUACCGAGACAUGAAAAUGUGGAAAGGAAACAAGUAAAUGACUGCGUGUUUACAUCUCUCACUGGGUAUUAAUGGAUCGAUUUAUAGCGAUCCAUCUUUAAUCCGUUGAUCAUGUAAUAGUCCUAUGAAGGGACCACAAUCUGACGUCGUGAUUUCAAGAAAAUCAAACUACCGCAAUAAAACUUGCUAGUGAGGCCGUCAUGAAGACGGACGACGUCAUAUGAAGCAGGAGUUAUAUCAUGAUAACAACUGACCACCUUUUUGGAUUGACAAUCUUAAAAGUUCAUCAUACCAAAAAGGUGCUAAAAUUUGGCUUACGUUUAUCAUAUCAAAAGAACCGUGAACAUGCACGUGAUCUUAGCUUAUCAAACAAAUAAGAAUGUCACUGUUUGUUCAAUUCAAUAUCCAUUUAGGCUUGCAACGAUCUGCAUGGCAGUGAUAGAAAUACGUUAAGACGAGUUCAUUUGUACCAUGAACACAAUAUUUUACCUAUUUUCUUGCCUCCGCGAACGCUAACGUUGUUUAUUCGAAUCGAAACUGUCGUUCAAUAAAAAUGACCAUGCAAUGACUUCUGCAAAUUUCAGGGACGCCUUCCAAUCAAAUGGACAGCACCAGAAGCCUUGAUCGGCAGCGGAGCAUACACAACUACCAGCGACGUGUAAGUAGCUGGAUGUUCAGGCCUAAUUUUAAGAUUCUGAGAUUCAUUAAUGCCCCUGGGUAAUAUCUCAUGAUAUCUACUGAGAGGGAAUUCAACGUACCCAAGACACUUAAUCCUGAACUUAAAGACAGAAAGCCGCGCGCGGCAGGUUGUGCGUUGAAAUACAAACAAUACAAUACGUACCAACAAAAAAUUUGUAAAUUGCGUGUCACUUUCAAUUGUUUUCCUCAGGUGGAGCUAUGGCGUUGUCUUAUACGAAAUCUUCACUGUUGGUAAGUUAAAGCCGGGCAGACUAUACUACACUUAACUAUACUCCCCGUAGCCGAUUUUAAACGCCACGUUUGUGUGACAAGGGAAGGAACGCCCUGCGACAGAGUAUCUUCCCUUAGCACCGAAACCAGUCGAUUUAUUCCAAAUGUCACAUCACCUUUAGGCCCUUUCUAGUGGCACAAUAUAAUAAUUGUCUUCGUUCAUAACAUUAAAUACAGGUUAUAUUUCCUUAACGAUCUGAUUGAUAUGCUUGGGGUCUUGGGAUAUGUUUUCAAUACAUGCAUUCUUUAUAAUUCUAUGACACAGCCUGUUGAAUGGCCUCUCUCACUGUCCAAAGAUACAUUUAUUUAUACUUCUUCGUAUAGCCUUUAAAAAACGUUAUUAAAAAAUAAAGACAAAUUCAGAGUAAAUGCUAUAUAUUGUCAAUUGCUUUGGUUGCCAAUCAACAUUUUAACAAAAUAAUCCAGCUCCGUGUUCUCAGUCAGCCUUUAAAAACGUUAUUAAAAAAAUUCAGUUUUUGAAGCUGCAAGUACCUGUGGUAACCUGCAGACUCUCGACAGAGAAGUGGGAAGUGCGAAAAAAAUCAGUCUGCAAAGCUGGCCAUGGCAAUCCUAUUAAGUAGAAAGAUAUAACUCUGUUUCAGGUGGUGAUCCUUUUCCUGGAGUGUACAUGAAAGAUAUGCUCGUCUUAUUGAAGAAAGGCUACCGCAUGUCACGUCCUAAAUUUAUAAGUCCUAAGCUGUAA